GGGGCGGAAUAGUGUCAAAGUGAAGUUCACAUACCGAGCAGAAAGGUAAAUCCGUGCUGGUGCAAAAAGAACGUUUGAGCACAGCCACAGCUCCGGGAACAGUGCAGCGCCGAUUCUCCCUCCUGCUGAAACUCAGCACUGCUCUUGACUGCAGCUCAGUCCAUCCCCCAGCAAGAUCACCAGGCUGGAAUCUGGACCAGCAGAAACAUCAAAAACAUUUGUUUCAGUCAUAACUUGCAACUGCUCUCAAACAAGUCAAUGAUUCAUUUAUAGCCACCCGGACGCAUUAACUUGAACGGUACCAGGAAUCUGUGAGAUGCCAUUUGGAAGUGCCUGUCCACCGACUUUCGACUGAUAGGAAAAUAUCAGCAACCAAAGACAUUUUAUUUCAACUGGAUCACCAUCAUGAGUGACUUGACAUUUUGGGUUAUUGCAGCCGUGUUGAUCGGCUUUGUAACCUUGCCGCAGCAGAGUGAAGGUGCAUGUAUCCAUCAGGGGUCACUUUUUGCGAAUAAUACUGUUUGGAAGCCAGACUCUUGCCAAGAUUGCAGCUGUCACAGUGAUAUUGUCCUGUGCGAGUUUACCCAGUGUCGGAACCCUCAGUGUGAUUUUCAGAAGGGUGAAGUCUUCAAAAUAAGCCCAAACAAUUGCUGCCCUGAAUGUGCCCUGAGGACCCAAAGCUUCUGUGAAUAUGAAGGACAAGUUCAUGGGCAUGAGACAGAGUGGAUGACCUCAAGGUGCAUUAUUUGCUCCUGCGCCAACAAGAAAGUUGAAUGUGGCCCAAAAUAUUGUCCCUCUAAUACCUGUGGGAGAGGAGAAAUUGAGUACACCCCAGAAGGAGACUGCUGUCCAAAGUGUGUCAAAACUGGAGAGUCAUGCCUUUAUGAGGGAAGAAUGUAUAGGGAUGGUGAAGACUGGAACUUAACCAAUUGUUCAAAGUGUGUCUGCAGUAAUGGUGAGGUGCAGUGCUACAUUGCAGAGUGCCAGCCGUUAUACUGUAAGAAGGAUGAAGAUGUUGUAAUGCAGGUUGGAAACUGCUGUCCUGAAUGUCUGCCAAAAUCCUGUUCAUUGGCAGGGAAGCGGUACAAGCAUGGCAGUCAGUGGAAGAAGAAUGAUUGCACCAGUUGUAUUUGUGACCGUGGUGAAAUUAGAUGUCACGCGCAGCUAUGUCCAUCAUUGACUUGUGAAAAGGGCCUGAAUAAAAUCAGAAGACCUGGCCGUUGCUGUGAGGAAUGUGUGUCUGGGAAAGGGAGCUGUCUAUAUGAAGGUGUCACCAGGUAUCAUGGAGAGAUGUGGAAUGUAACUGGCUGCGAGUUCUGUAUGUGUGAGAGGGGACAGGUCAUCUGUCAGACUGCCGAAUGUGCCAGAGUGAAGUGCUCAUGGGGUGAGGAGUUGCUUCAUUUAGCUGGAAAAUGUUGUCCUGAAUGUGUGUCACUUGGCAGUUACUGUACUUAUAAAGAGCAAGUUAAAGAGGCACAUCAUUCAGAUUUGAAAGGUGAAAAACAUCUGCAGAAUGGAGAAAAAUGGAAGGAAGGGCCUUGUAAAGAAUGUGAAUGCAGAAAUUCGCAGGUGAUCUGUUAUAAGCGCUCCUGCCCUUUGUGCCCUGUUGGAACCCUUGCUGUCAAAAUAAAGGGAGAAUGUUGCCCAGAAUGCCAACCAGUUCAGUGCCAUGCCGAUUGCCUGACAUGCACACAUUCUCCUGAUCAUUGUGACAUCUGCUCUGAUAAGAGCAAGUUCUUACAGCAUGGCCGUUGUUUGCAAAGCUGUCAGCCUGGGUUCUACAAAGAAGGUGGACUCUGUAGAGCUUGUGACAAGACAUGUGCCACUUGUCAAAAUGAGUUUGAAUGCAUUUCAUGUAAGGAGCCGCUGCUAAUGGAGUUUGGUCAGUGUGUACCUUCCUGUGGGGAGGGGCUGUUCCAGGAUCAAUUGCAGUGCUCAGCCUGCCACAAGUCCUGCUUGAUAUGUCACGGCCCUUCAGAGACAGAUUGUGUUCAAUGUAGAGAUCAAUCGCAUCUGCUGAAAGCUGGUGCCUGUGUUGCCAACUGUGGGCCUGGCUAUUUCAUAAAAGAUGGCCACUGCCAUGCAUGUGACUCAUCCUGUUUGACUUGCUACCAUGACAACCCAAAAUGCCUGACGUGUUCUGAAGGAAAGGUUAUGCACAAUGGGAAGUGUGCCUCUCAUUGCCCUGAGGGUUAUUACAAAGAUGUGGCUAAUAGAUGUGCAGCCUGCCAUGUCUCAUGUUCAACCUGCACUGGUUCGUCUGAGCAUUGCACUUCUUGUUCCAACCACUUUUCCCGGCACAAAGGCCAAUGCCUUGUGACCUGUCCUGAGGGAUCUUAUUCUGAAAAUGGAGUGUGCCAAGCCUGUAGCCAUCCAUGCCGGGCCUGUGUUGGCCCCAAGCAGUCAGACUGCACUAAUUGCCUCAAACCAGAAGAAGUUAUUCAAAUUCAAGAGGAUAGCCAUGAAGUAGCGCAUGGAGAAUGUGUGGCUGAUUGCAAAUCCCAUUUCUACAUGAACAGUGCAAAAGUAUGCACAGAGUGUCAUGCCACCUGCACAAGCUGCACAGGGAGCAGUCCUCAGAACUGCACAGCCUGUUCUCCACCAAGAGCCCUGUAUGAAAACAAAUGUCUGCAUACAUGUCCUGAGGGGUUCUACCGUCAUGACGAUGCCUGUUACUCAUGCCAUCCUUCCUGCAAGCAGUGUGAUGGCCCCUCAGACUCCGAUUGUUUGACAUGUCAUCCUCAUGUUACGUUGCUCAAUGGAUACUGCAGAACUAGCUGCAGAGAGGGGCAAUACCUGAAUCAAGUUGGGUACUGUGUUGAUUGCCAACCUCAGUGUCAACACUGUACAACUGAUCUUAAAGAUACAGGUAGUGUCUGCCUCUACUGUAAGAAUCCCAGUGAGAUGCUGCUUGGAGACACUUGUAUUUCUCAGUGUCCCGUAGGGUACUUCAUGAGCAGAGGCACUUGCAAAAGAUGUCAUUCUUCAUGUAAAUCUUGCAGUACUGCAGGAGCUUAUGGCUGCACUGCCUGUGCAGCUAAUCUAGUUCUGGCUGAAACUGGCCAGUGUGUUACUUCCUGUCCCCCAGCUUUCUAUAGCGACAACCAACAGAUCUGUCGGGCCUGCAAUAGCCAGUGUUUGACCUGUGAGUCUAAUUCAGCUUGUUCAUCCUGUAAAGACCCCACUAAAGUUUUGCUUUUUGGAGAAUGUCAGUACGAGGUCUGCGCCCAGCAGUACUACAUCGAUUACUUGACAGGAACUUGCCGAGAGUGUGACUGGAGCUGCAAUGCUUGUAAGGGGCCCCUCAAAACCGACUGCCUGCAGUGUAUGGAUGGUCAUGUAUUGCAAGAGGGCUCCUGUGUAGAACAAUGCACAGCUGGCUUCUACAAAGCAGGAGAAGAAUGUAUCCGUUGUGAUGAACGCUGUGUGAAAUGUAGCAGCCCCGAUGUGUGUAGCCAGUGCGAGUCACCUUACCUACUGUUAGAAACACAGUGUGUUCAUGAUUGUGGGAAAAGAUAUUACUCUGAUCACAGUCAGCAAAAAUGUAUAGCCUGUUCUCCUGGGUGUUUAGAAUGUGACAGAACCUUGCAGUGCAAGUUAUGUGAUAGCAGCAACUUCCUGAAGAAUGAACUCUGUGUUCCUGAUUGUGGUCCAGGUUACUAUGGUAAUAUGUCCAAGAGAAUUUGUAAAGUUAAUAUUUAUGCACCAGUCCUUCAUGCAAACAGAUCUGUAAACGUGGGCAUAGGUGGCAGUCAGGUACUGGACCCUACCUAUAUGGACAUUUAUGAUGCAGACACACCCACUGAAGAUCUCAUUCUCCACAUUGUUAAUCCCCCUGACAAUGGGAGACUGAUUAAAAUGGCAAAAGGGAAGCAAAUCCACCUUCAGAAAGGAGAUAUGUUCACCAUGCAAGAAUUGAGGAAGCACAACAUCCUCUUUAUUCAUGACAAGAAAAAAUCAAGGAAGGGUCAGUUUACCUUGAAAGCGAGUGACCACCAACUAUACUCCUUUCCAGAAACAAUUUCUAUUCAAGCUCUUUCAUUGAAGGGGCCCUAUGUGCUUAAUAAUAAAGUCUUACUGCUCGGUAGAGGUGAAUUAGGAACCAUCUCUAAUCUGAUCUUGGAUAUUCAAGAUGAUGACAAUCCCUCGGAAGUGGUACUAACAGUCUUGGAUCCUCCAGAACAUGGCCGCCUCCUUUUGCACCCAGCAGAUGUAAGCGUACAGCAGUUCCGAUUGAAAGAUCUCAAAAGUGGACAGCUGCGUUAUGUUCAUGAUGGAACCAACAGCUUGCAUGAUCAAGUGCUUUUACAGAUCAACGAUGGUCACAAUAUCCUGAAUAUUCUGUUCCAGAUCAAAAUUACUGAGCAGAAGUUCGAUAAAGGACCACAGCUCCUGAAUAAUGUGCGAGGAUGGGUCACUGAGGGUGGAUUACUACAGAUUACCAACAGACUCUUGCAGGCAGCUGACAAAGAUGCCAGUGACUCUGAGAUCAUCUUCAAUCUAAUACAAGAAAAAGAAAUCCCUAAAUUUGGUGAUGUGAUCCUUUUGGUCCCAAUGCCAGCUGAUGGCCCAGCAGAUGGGUGGCAGAGACUGCCUGAUGGAAAAACAGCUACUGUGACAAACUCAUUUAGUCAGCAAGAUCUUAAUGAUGGCAUUGUAUGGUAUCAACACUCAGGGGUAACUUCUGCAGAGGAUUCAUUCAGGUUUCAGGUUACAAAUGGUGGCAGGAGCUAUACUGGAACUGAAAGUCAUAUAUUUGAAAUUGGAAUCUUACCAAAAAAUGAAAAUGGUCCACAGCUAGCUUCAAACAUUAUCACUCCUCUGCAAAUAACAGCACUUGAAGAUCGGGUUACCAUCAUCCAGUCGACACAAUUGUCGUUUGUAGAUAGUGACACACCAAACCAGGAUUUAUUCUACAACAUUACUGUUCCACUACCCCCAGAAUAUGGCACUAUUGAACACUCUGACAGCUCUUUGUUCCCAGUCACAUUCUUCACUCAGGCUGACAUUGACCAUGGGAAGAUUCUGUACCGUCCUCCAGGAUCAUUUUCACAUGUGCAAGGCUUUUUCAAAUUCUCUUUCACUGGUCUGCCUGAAUCAGUGAACUUCCUUUUCACAGUUUCUGAUGGUAAACAUACAUCCCCAGAAAUGGUAUUUACCAUUCAUCUACUAUCUACCAAUCAGCAACCUCCUGUUUUUCAAAUAUCAGAGCCCUUUCUAGAGGUCAGCCAAGGAGGAAGAGCAACCAUUGGUUUGAGCCAGUUAGCGGUUCGUGAUGCAGAUACAUAUCCUGAUGACCUUCUGUUCGAGCUAUUGGAACCUCCCCAGUUUGGGGUACUGAUUAAAUCAGACAACAGACAGCCACUGGUAAAAGGAGAUACCUUCACACAUGAUGAUGUCGCACGAAACGCUAUUCAUUAUAUUCAUGGUGGCACCCCAACAACGCAAGACAGUAUGCAAAUCUUAGUCACAGAUGGAGUUACCACGGCAACAACACUGCUGGAAGUUCACAUCUCAGCAAUAGAUGGUGAUGGACCAAGGCUUGCACCUGAAUCUCUGUUGACCAUUUCAGUGCCUGCAAAAAGCUUCAAAACUUUAACAAGAUCUCACCUGGCAUACACUGAUAAUAAUUCUCCCGACAGUAAAAUCCGGAUGCAACUGAUCUCUCUGCCCAUGUAUGGUAUUCUCACUAAUCAUGGUGAGGAACUGCUGGAAUUUUCUACUUUUACAAUGGAAGAUAUUGAUAACCAAAGAAUCAGAUAUACAACAGACUUUGACAUUGAAGAUCAACCCAUCACUGACAUUUUCCAUUUUACUGUCUAUGAUGCUGAUAACAACCGCCUUGACAACCAAAUGUUUACCAUAACCAUCACUGCUGCCGAGAACUACUCACCACUUGUUAAUGUCAGAGAUGAAGUCACUGUGGAAGAGGGAGGAAGAAUACUGCUGUCAUCACACAGUAUCCUAGCAACAGAUCCAGACACACCAGAGAAGGACCUAUUAAUAAAGAUAACCUCUGCACCCACAUUUGGCUACAUUGAAAAUCUGAAAAGAGAUGGGAGAACUGAUCAAGCUGUCAUCAUCAGUCCUGAUGUGCCUUUCUCGGUUCAGGAUAUUCUCAACGAUAAUAUUUAUUACGUGCAGAGUGUCCAUCGCAACAUCGAACCAGUCUCAGACAGCUUUGACUUUUAUGUGACCGAUGGUACAAUUCAGUCUCCAGUGUAUAACUUCAACAUUAAAAUACUGCGGAAGAAUGAUGAACCUCCCAAAAUGAAUGUUGAAGCUGUGUACGUAAACGAAGGAGCGGGUGUCGUGAUUCGAAACUCCUCACUUAGUCUCCUGGACCUGGACACACCAGAGAAUGAGUUGGUUUUAAGAGUGACCAAAAAACCCAGCCAUGGGAAGCUGCGGAAAAGGCAAUUUUAUUCUGAGCCUCUGGAAAAUGGCCGAGUAUUGACGCAAGGCUCCUCUUUCACGUAUCAGGAUGUGCUGGAUGCGCUCAUUGUGUACACCCACGAUGGGACCAGCGUACAGUCCGAUGAGUUCCGCUUUGCAUUUACAGAUGGUCUGUACACAGAAAAUGGAAAAAUGGAAUUCUUUGUGGAAAAGCAAAAGAAUGAGGCGCCGAGAUUAGCAAUCAACCGUGGUUUACAGUUCUCAGCAGGCUCUGUAUCGGUAAUCACACAGCAGCACCUGAAAGCUACAGAUAUUGAUUCUAAUGAUGAGAAGCUUACAUUUGUCAUAACCAAAGAUCCUACAGUUGGACGUUUGCAGAUGUCUAAAAAUGACAAUUUGGUUCAAAUCUCAAUCAGAGGACCCAUUAAAAGAUUUACCCAAGCUGACAUUAACAAAGGAUAUGUAGAAUAUAGACAUGAAAAAGGAGAGCCUGGUGGAAGUUUUGCUUUCAAAUUUGAUGUCGUUGAUACAGAUGGAAAUAAAUUAAUUGAUCAGUCCUUCUUCAUUAGUGUGCUAGAAGAUAAGCUUCCACCAUCCAUUGUAGUUAAUAAAGGCUUGGUGCUGGAAGAAAACACAGUGAAAAAGAUAACAACCCUACAGCUGUCGGCUACUGACCAGGAUAGUGAGCCUGGUGAACUAAUGUACAGGUUAACCAAACAACCCCAGUUGGGUCAUAUUGAGCAUGUUGCUUCUCCAGGAACAAAGGUUAGCUAUUUUACACAGGCUGACCUCGCAGCCCGCAGCAUUCAGUAUGUUCACACUAGUGAUGAGGAAAAGCAUUCCGAUGAUUUCACCUUUUCUGUGUCCGAUGGUGUCAACGAGGUGUCUCAAGCAUUUUACAUUACUAUUCGUCCUGUGGAUGAUGCGCUACCUGUAGUACAGAUUCCUGGAAUGCGAGUACAAGAAGGAGUGAGAAAAACUAUCACUGAAUUUGAAUUGAAAGCCACUGAUGCAGACACUGAAGCAGAAUCUUUAACUUUUAUCAUUGUACAACAACCACGCCAUGGAACAAUUGAACGUACUAAUAACGGUCACCACUAUCGUCAGACCAAUACCUUUACAAUGGAUGAUAUUUAUCAGAAUCACAUCAGCUACAAUCAUGAUGGUAGUAAUUCUCUCAAAGAUCGCUUCUCUUUUUCUGUAUCUGAUGGGACAAAUCCUUUCUUCAUUGUUGAAGAGGCAGGGAAGGAGAUUGUGACAGCGGCUCCCCAGAAGUUUAAGAUUGAUAUUCUGCCCGUGGAUGAUGGCACACCAAGAAUUGUUACCAACCUGGGAUUGCAGUGGCUGGAAUACAUGGAUAACAAAGCCAUCAACCUCAUUACUAAGAGGGAGUUAUUGACCAUAGAUCCUGACACUGAAGACAAGCAGCUGAUUUAUGAGAUCACCACAGAACCAAAGCAUGGACACCUGGAAAACAAAUUAAGGCCUGGAAUACAACUAAAAUCUUUCACACAAGAGGAUAUAAACUUGGGUUUGAUCUGCUAUAUUUUAAAUGAAGAUAUGAUUCAAAAAACUAUGGACACAUUCAAGUUUUUGGUGAAGGACAGCAAACCUAACAUUGUCCAUGAUAACGUGUUCCAUAUCCAGUGGUCUCUAAUCAGCUUUGAAUAUACCAGUUACAAUGUCAGUGAGAAGGCCGGCUCUAUAAGUGUCACAGUGAAGAGGUCUGGGAAUCUCAAUCAGUAUGCCAUUGUACUGUGCCGUACUGAACAAGGGUCAGCAACAUCUACAUCUGGAGCAGGCUCCAAGCUGGGCCAACAAGAUUAUGUGGAGUAUGCAGGGCAGGUUCAAUUUGAUGAGAGAGAGGAUACCAAGGCUUGCACUAUUAUAAUAAAUGACGAUCAGGUGUUUGAAAACCUCGAAAGUUUUAAUGUGGAGUUGAGCAUGCCUGCAUAUGCCUUGCUUGGGAAAAUUACAAGAGCUAAAGUGAACAUCAAUGACACAGAAGAUGAGCCCACUCUACAGUUUGACAAGAAAUUAUAUCGAGUCAAUGAAAGUACUGGAUUCUUGUUUGUCCCAGUAGAAAGGAAAGGAGACACCAGCAGUACAGUCUCGGCAAUCUGUUACACUAUACCAAAAACAGCCAAAGGCAGCAGCCUGUAUGCUUUGGAAUCUGGUUCCGAUUUCAAAUCCAGGGGAAUGACAAAUGAGAAUCGUGUGAUUUUUGGCCCUGGAGUUAGCAUGUCGACAUGUGAUGUCCAGGUGAUUGAUGACAGUGAAUAUGAGGAGGAAGAAGACUUUGAGAUCAUGCUGGCUGAUGCAUCAUACAAUGCACGAAUCGGGGAAGCUGCAACUGCCAAAGUGAUUAUAAAUGGACCCAAUGAUGCCUCGCUGGUAUUUCUUGGGAACUCUUCUUUCACUGUUAGUGAAGAUGCAGGCACCAUUGAGAUACCAGUUAUCAGACAUGGCAGUGAUUUGUCCACCCCCACUUCAGUGUGGUGUGCUACCCAUCCUUCAGACCCUCCUUCUGCAACUCCAGGCAUUGACUAUAUCCCCAGUUCGAAGAAGAUAGAUUUUGCACCUGGCAAAACAGAAGAGACCUGCACUUUAACUAUUUUGGAUGAUGUGCAGAAUCCAAUCAUUGAAGGGAAUGAAACUUUCAUUGUAUUUCUGAGCUCAGCCCAAGGAGCAGAGCUAACUAAACCCUACCAGGCUAUCAUCGCUAUCAAUGACUCCUAUCAAGAUGUUCCUAGUAUGCAGUUUGGUAAGAAUAUCUACAGAGUGAAGGAGAAAGAAGAUGAAUUACAUGUUCCCAUUAUCCGAACUGGGGAUCUUAGCUACGAGUCUUCUGUGAGAUGCUACACUCAACAGCUGACUGCAGAAGUGAUGGAAGACUUUGAAGAAAGAAGGAAUUCAGAUGACUCCCGCCUUACUUUCCAGAAGGGAGAAAAGGUGAAGAAUUGCACAAUAUUGAUAAAUGAUGAUACGGUCUUUGAACCUGAGGAAAGGUUCCAGCUCCAUCUGGGAAACCCCUUAGGCAAUCACUGGAGUGGAGCCAAGGUUGGAAAAAAUGAUGUUGCUACUAUAACGAUAUCAAAUGAUGAAGAUGCCCCGACAAUUGAAUUUGAGGAAGCAACAUACCAAGUGCAUGAGCCCCCAGGCCCUGAUGGUAUUGCGAUACUGAAUGUCAAAGUGAUCAGGAAGGGAGACCAGAACAGGACUUCAAAAGUUCGCUGCAGCACCCGGGAUGGAUCAGCUCAGUCAGGCAUAGACUAUAACCCCAAAAGCAGGGUCCUUAAGUUUAGCCCAAGCAUUGACCACAUUCUAUUUAAAGUAGAAAUCCUGUCCAAUGAUGAUCGAGAAUGGCAUGAAUCAUUUUCUCUGGUGCUGGGCCCAGACGAUCCAGUUGAGGCGAUUCUUGGUGACAUCACCAUGGCCACAGUGACCAUUCUUGACCAGGAGGCAGCAGGAAGCCUAAUUUUGCCAGCACCACCUAUUGUUGUAUCUUUGGUUGAUUAUGACCACGUUGAAGAAGUGACAAAGGAAGGAACCAAGAAGAACCCAUCUCCUGGCUACCCACUGGUGUGUGUGACACCGUGUGACACACAUUUUCCGAAGUACUCUGCUAUGAAAGAACGCUGUGAUGAGGCAGGAAUUAAUCAGUCUACAGUUCGUUUCAGCUGGGAAGUAGCCACACCCACUGAUACAAGUGGAGCCAGGUCUCCCUUUGAGACUGUAACAGAUACUACUCCCUUUACUAGCAUCAACCAUAUGGUUCUGGAUAGUAUCUAUUUCAGCCGGCGAUUCCAUGUCCGGUGUGUUGCUAAGGCGGUUGACAAGGCUGGCCAUAUUGGAACACCACUGCGGAGCAAUAUUGUCACCAUAGGAACAGAUAGUUCUAUAUGUCACACACCUGUAGUGGCAGGAACAGCAAGGGGAUUCCAGGCCCAAUCUUUCAUUGCAACUUUGAGGUACUUAGAUGUCAAGCACAAGGAGCAUCCUAACAGAAUCCACAUUUCUGUGCAGAUUCCUCACCAGGAUGGAAUGUUACCUCUCGUGUCCACCAUGCCACUACACAACCUGCAUUUUCUCUUGUCAGAAUCCAUCUACAGGCACCAACACAUCUGCUCCAACCUGGUGACACUCAAGGACCUCAGGAGUAUAACAGAUUCUGGAUUUCUCGAUGAUGUCAACUAUGAUAGCAUCACUCUUGGCCCUGGAUAUGAUCGGCCAUUCCAGUUUGACCCGAAUGUAAGAGAACCCAAGACCAUUCAGCUGUAUAAGCAUCUCAAUCUAAAGAGUUGCAUUUGGACUUUCGAUGCCUACUAUGACAUGACAGAACUGAUUGAUGUCUGCGGUGGUUCAGUGACAGCUGACUUCCAGGUACGAGAUUCUGCUCAGUCAUUCCUGACAGUAUCAGUGCCACUAUACGUCUCUUACAUUUAUGUGACAGCACCAAGAGGCUGGGCAUCACUCGAGCAUCACACUGAGAUGGAAUUCUCAUUCUUUUAUGACACCGUUCUCUGGAGAACAGGUAUACAAACUGACAGUGUAUUGUCAGCACGACUUCAGAUCAUACGGAUUUACAUAAGGGACGAUGGUCGUCUUGUCAUUGAAUUCAAGACCCAUGCAAAAUUUAGAGGUCACUUUGUAAUGGAUCACCACACACUGCCAGGGCAAAAGUCUCAAAUUGUAGCUCCUGAUCAUUUAGGAGGCAUUGAAUUUGACUUACAAUUGCUGUGGAGUGCUCAGACGUUUGAUUCCCCAUACCAGCUCUGGCGAGCAACCAGUUCCUACAACAGAAAAGAUUAUUCUGGAGAGUACACAAUCUUUCUGAUCCCCUGCACUGUACAACCCACACAACCUUGGAUCGACCCUGGAGAUAAGCCAUUGGCCUGUACUGCACACGCUCCUGAAAAGUUCCUUGUCCCUAUUGCAUUUCAGCAGACAAAUCGCCCAGUUCCAGUUGUCUACUCUCUCAACACAGAGUUUCAUCUUUGCAAUAACGAGAAGGUCUUUAUGAUGGAUCCAUCUAAAACAGAGAUGUCCCUGGCUGAAAUGGAUUAUAAGGGAGCCUUCUCUAUGGGUCAGAAACUCUAUGGACGUGUGCUUUGGAAUCCUGAACAAAACCUCAACUCUGCUUACAGGCUACAGCUAGAGAAGGUGUAUCUCUGCACUGGAAAAGAUGGUUAUGUCCCUUUCUUUGAUCCAACUGGAACUAUUUAUAACGAGGGUCCACAAUAUGGCUGCAUUCAACCCAACAAACACUUGAAACAUAGAUUCCUCCUUUUGGAUCGCAACCAACCAGAAGUAACUGACCAAUAUUUUCAUGAUGUACCCUUCGAUGCUCAGUUUGCAUCUGAUGCACCAGAGUUUCACACAAUGAGGGAUGUGCCCGGAGUGGAUGGUUUCACUAUGAAGGUUGAUGCUUUAUACAAGGUUGAAGCUGGCCAUCAGUGGUAUUUGCAAGUCAUUUACAUUAUUGGUCCAGAAUCCCUUUCUGGACCACGGGUUCAACGUUCACUUAAUUAUCGAUUUUCACGCCAAAGGCGAGACCUGGUGGACAAGAAUGGCAAGUUAACACUUGAUGACUCUUUGAUUUAUGACAAUGAGAAUGAUCAGGUCAAGAAUGGCACAAACAUGAAGAACUUGAGGUUGGAGUCUGAGGCUGUGGCAUUGACCUCACACAAAGAGGCAUCAAUCGGAGGUGCUGUCGCUGCUGUCAUGCUGCUACUUCUGUUUCUCAUUACUGCUUGUUUUUUAGCAAGAAAAUGUAAACAUAAGAAAUUACCUAAGGAGAUUCCAGAGGAAUAUCCACUGAACACAAAAGUUGAAAUUUGCAACAAAGCACUGAAUAGAUUGGAAAAGAACUUAAAUGGCAAGCACUGCACAGAGAAGAAUAUCAACAUAUUAAAUAAAAAUGAUAUCAUUCGGGUAAAGGGUGUCAAGGUUAAACAGGUAAACCUCAACGUUAAGCUUCAGAAUAAUUUGCAAGAUGGUACAGAGGUUUGAUGAUUGACAUUUUAUUACAAAAUAUGUCAUUCUUUUGUGGUGGGACAUGGGGGAAGAAAGAGAACAACCUUGAAACAAAAAUAUUGUAAACAAAGGGAAUAUGGUCUGAGUGGUCAUGAUUGUGUGUGUGAUUCUUUUGCAAUUGAGCUACCUCAUUCUGUAUACACACGUACCACAUUAACACAGUACUCAUUAAACCGGUGCAUAUCUAUUCUUGAACUCUUUUGAAAAUUAGAUGCCUUUGGGAAAUUCUUUUUUGUCUGCUCAUAAUCUCAAUACUUUUCUGAUGGUAGCUCAAGGAUUGUGCAUGUUUUUUAAAUAUUGAAAGUUUCUUUUUUCAUAGCUGGGCAAGACGAUAAUCUGAAUUGUCUAAAAAUACCUGAAAAUGAUCAAACCACUUAAAAUUUCACUCUUGUUAUACUGCUUUGUUUCCAGCCAUGCAUUUGUGUUCAUGAAAAAGUUUUGUUUUUAACUGGAUGUGGUGUGUAAAUAUCCUUUAAGUGCAAUUCCAGUUUAGAGGCAAAGUUCAUCCAGGCUUAUAACCAAUCAUUCAGAAACACGCAAGAUGAUUUUCAUCGGCUUUGUUAAAACUUGAAAAAAAAUUGUUUUCAACUAUCAUUUUUUAUACUCGUGGUAAAUUGAACAGACUGAAAGGUAUUGUUUAAAUAUUUAGACUUCAGCAUCCCCAGUGUAAUCAAAGUUUGUGUUUUAUUUUGAACAAAUACUAUUUUAUGUACUAUGUUAUCUAUUGUUGGGUUUUGUAUCCUCUGUAUGGAGUAGUACAGUCAAACUUCAGGGUUUAUGUUUAACUGCUUAAUGGAACUGCGAAACAAACCAUAUUUGGAUUGCAUUAUUACUGUACUGUAUUCACAUGAGGAUCCCAGCAAUGUUGCUGGUGGAAGCCAUUAGCACAUCACUAUCUUCAAUUAAACUAUUAUAUACCUGUGAAUAACAAAUUGCUGUCCCAUUUCUUUUAGUAAGGAUCAGCCCACUCAGUGAGCACUUAUCCACCUUGUUAACUGAGUGAGUUGUAGUGUUCAAGGUUUAUCAUUGCAUUGGUGAUGAGAAAACUGACUACUACAUGACACAUCACACUGUUUCAACUAAUAAAGAACAUUCUAUUUAA